AUCCACAACACUAAAAUUCUAGCUAAAGCUCUCUCUCUCUCUCUCUCUCUCUCUCUGUAUAUGUGUGUAUAUCUGUUACUGGAUUUUCAAGAACCAUGUUCACCAUUUCCUUAACAUCUUUCAGACCAACGAUCCAUGUCCUCUCCUUGUUUCUAAUUUUCAUAUGUUCCGGCGUCGUGAGUGAUUCAGUUAAUUCAGUACCGGAGGUCAACGACUCCCUCACUUAUCUGUGGCCUCUGCCAACGGAAUUCACUUCCGGUAAUGAGACUCUCUCCGUCGACCCACGCCUCUCGCUCACCGGAGCUGGAAAUGGAGGAAAUUCCGCCAUAGUUAGAGCGGCUUUUGAUCGCUACAAGGGGAUUAUAUUCAAGCACACUAAUGGGUUCUCUUCGUUUAGUUUACUGAGGGGAAAGCAACCCGUAUAUGAUAUUACAACAUUGAAGAUUGUUGUCAAUUCGGAUAGCGAAGAGCUUCAACUUGGCGUUGACGAGAGCUAUACUUUGUAUUUAGCUAAGAAUGAUGGGCAAUCGAUUACUGGUGAUGUGACCAUUGAGGCAACUACUGUAUAUGGUGCACUGCGGGGUUUGGAGACAUUCAGCCAAUUGUGUACUUUUGACUACAGUUCUAAGUCUGUGCUAGUAUACCAGGCACCCUGGUAUAUUCAAGACAAACCAAGAUUUUCCUAUCGUGGGCUUUUGCUUGAUACAUCAAGGCACUAUUUACCGAUCGAUGUAAUUAAGCAGAUAAUUGAUUCCAUGUCAUAUGCUAAACUUAAUGUUCUUCAUUGGCACGUCAUAGAUGAGCAGUCAUUUCCUUUAGAAAUACCUUCAUAUCCAAAUUUGUGGAGAGGUUCAUAUACAAAGUGGGAGCGCUAUACAAUAGAGGAUGCAGCUGAAAUCGUCAACUAUGCCAAACUAAGAGGCAUUAAUAUUAUGGCUGAAGUAGAUGUCCCUGGUCAUGGAGAAUCAUGGGGCAAAGGAUAUCCUGAUCUUUGGCCUAAUUCUUCCUGCAGAGAGCCCCUUGAUGUUUCAAAAAAUUAUACUUUUGAUGUAAUUACUGGCAUUCUGACAGAUAUGAGAGAGAUUUUUCCCUUCGAGCUAUUCCACUUGGGUGGUGAUGAAGUUAAUACAGAUUGCUGGAACACUACUCCACAUGUGAAGGAAUGGCUUCAAGAUAAGAACUUUACUACGAAAGAGGCAUAUCAAUAUUUUGUACUCAGAGCACAACAAAUAGUUCUGUCAAAAAAUUGGACUCCUGUGAACUGGGAAGAAACAUUCAAUACUUUUGCAGAAAACCUUCAUCCAAGGACUGUUGUGCAUAACUGGUUGGGCCCAGGGGUUUGUCCAAAGGCUGUUGCCAAAGGUUUCAGAUGCAUUUUUAGCAAUCAAGGUGUGUGGUAUCUGGACCACCUAGAUGUCCCAUGGCAUGAAUUUUACACUGCUGAACCACUAGAAGGAAUAGAUGAUGCUUCUCAGCAAAAGCUUGUCCUUGGAGGAGAAGUUUGCAUGUGGGCUGAGACAGCUGAUACAUCAAAUGUUCAGCAAACAAUUUGGCCUCGAGCUGCAGCUGCUGCAGAGCGGUUAUGGAGUAGUAAGGAGGCCACAUCCACUGGAAACAUUAAUGAAACCGCAUUACCCCGGUUGCAUUACUUCAGGUGCCUCUUGAAUAGACGUGGAGUUCAAGCUGCUCCGCUCACAAACAAAUUGGCUCGAACUCCUCCAAUUGGCCCUGGCUCAUGUUUCAUACAGUAAUUCUUUCCAUGUAUAUAUGUUUGUGUGAGCAUUCUUAUUCUUCAUGCAUCAUUUGCUUGUGUAAAAUAAUACGAACCUUUGUCAUGUGUUGAUAAUUGAUGUAUUAGAUAUGUUUGGAGUCAAGUUGUUUUGAUGUUUGUUCACAACAAGGAAGAAAAUAUCAGUUGCUAUUGAAAUAUCGACACUACAAUUUUAUAUGGAAAUAUCUGAUAUUUCGAUA